CAAUCUUUCGCUUCGGCCUGGAUCUUCUUCCUUCUCUAGAGUCGCCUAAAUUUUGUUCGUCGGCUACCUUGCUCGAUACUUUCUGACACCGCAUUGCACCUUUCGAUAAUCGGCAAUAGCAGCGCGCAUGGACACAUCAAAGCAGGAGAUUGAGCUUCAAAGCCUACUCGCGGAGGGUCGAGCACUACAGAAGACCUUGGCGGUAUUUCCUUCCACACUCCGUUCUCAUUGGUGCUUGACCACUAACCUGCUACCGGACUGCAAUGACGGACCACAGCGUGUACGUCGUGAAGUGCAUCGAAGUGAGCGAGCGUAUUCUUGACGCCUCAAAGAGCGUUGCUACAGCGUCUGUCUCAACCCAAACUGUCUUACAAGGUGUACAAGAAGCGAGUACAGCCGAUAUUACUCGAGCCUCAGGCGACCAUGCCAUUGUGCUGGUUCUCAUCGAUGCUACGAGCUUCCAGUUUCUUGAUGAACUGUACCGAAACAAGGUGUCAGGAGGUGCUGACACAGCGAAGCGUCUCCGUGCCGUCGUGGGCGAGAGGGUUGCAGCUAUACUUCCCGCAGUUGUACGAAGCAGGUACCACAUCUUCAUCAAGAUUUGCAAGGCCUACUGCGCGCUCAGAGAUCAGCCGCCCUUCUACUCACAACUCUGCAAAAUGCGGCACAGACUUCGACAUUCGAGCAGCCUGAUCUGCAGGCCCAGAGCUCAGUCUCGGGUUCUCCUACGAGUCGCAAAAUACGUCUCUGACUUCGUCAGGCAACCGAGCUAAUCUGCGGGCUCAGAGAGCGGUCUUACCUCUACCCUCAACCUUCCGAAAUGCGGCUAAUGCGGCUUCAACGUGCGACGACGACCGAGCU